AUGGUGGAGGUUUCUGGCACAACUGCAUCUACCUCCAAGGCAAAGAGAAGGCUGGAGCCGGAAGCUGGUGAACCCCAGGAACUUGAGGAUGGUGGCCAAACCGCCAACACCAAGAAGCCCAGUCUGUGCAACACAGAAGGACAGACUUCCGCCACCAGUCCCGUAACACACAGGACCCUGUACGAGAGGUCACGCUAUGACACCUCGCUUGGGUUCUUGACGCACAGGUUUGCUGACCUGCUGAGGCGUUCCGCUAACGGGGUUUUGAACAUAAACAUAGCAGCCCAGGAACUCAACGCCCCAAAGAGACGAGUCUACGACGUCACUAACGUCCUGGAGGGUGUCCAACUUAUCAAAAAGAAGUCUAAAAACUACAUUGAGUGGUUGGGUGGUUCAUUGGUUGCAGGCGGGAAUCAAGAGCUAACGGCUCUCAUUGAGGAGGAGAAGAAACUGGAUGAAUUGAUCCAGAGUUGUACACGGCAAGUUCAUCAGAUGUGUGAGGACCACCACUGUUGCAGAUUUGCCUAUCUGACCUACGAGGACAUUCAAACAAUUCCCAGCUUGAAAGAACAGACCGUGAUUGUGAUCAAAGCCCCAGCAGAGACGAAACUGGAGGUGCCACACCCAGAAGAGAGCCUCCAGGUCCACCUCCGCAGCACUCAGGGGCCAAUCGAGGUGUUCCUCUGCUCUGAUGACCCCGUCCCCAUGGAGGCCACAGAUGGCUCUGCGGCGAAUGACAGCCACUCGUACUUGUCCAUUAAUGGGAACAACUCUGUAUCCCCUUUAUUUCCGUACUCGUCACUUCUCCACGCAUGUUCCAAAGACUAUUCUAACAGUACUUCGGAUGUAAAUAGUAUCUCCAGUCCACUUUCCGAGCUGACACAACACUCCACACCGGUCACUGUCACCCCAAUGUCCCCACCGCCCACUUUGCUCCAAUCCCCUUCGGAAGACCAACAGAGCUUUGUGACACUCACCCCACCUCUGGCCUUCUCUCUUGACGGGGAAGAAUAUGUCCUGAGCUUGGCUGAGGACGAGGGCAUCACUGACCUCUUCUCCUCCGUCGACCUUGGCUCCUUGCCUUUAGACAUAGACACGCACCUUCUUUGAAAAGCCGUUUUGGAAAUUCAGUCUUUUUUUUGUCGACAAUGACCACUGUGAUGCAAACGGA